CGAAUGCGCAUUCUGACUUCAGUCCAGCCGACGGUUUCAACCUGUCAGGUCGUCGUACAGGUGCUGGCAGGCGUGGAGAAUAAUAGAAUCGUUUCGUCGAUGCGACCGUUUUUCCCUCCUAUAUUUUUUAUUAUUUACUUCGUACACUUUCGACGAGUUUAUCGUUUGUCUAUCGAUCGAUUGAUCGGUCGGUAGGACGGUCUGUUGUUAAUCGGUCGGGAGAUAUCGGUUCGAUGAAAAAUUUUUAAAUCGAUAAAACAUCGGAGUGAACUAUUUCUAGGAGAAGAGAGUAUAUGUCAGUGAAUAGAGAGGAUAUCAUCCUCUCUGUUUCUCUCUAUCUCUCUUCCUCAUAUUUUCUGACACAUACGCAUACGAACGAACGCACGCACGCUCGCUCUUCUUCUUCUUCUUCUUCUUCUUCUUCUUCUUCUUCUGUCUGGGAGUGUUAACAAGGGCGUGCUCCAGGGCCAAGAUAUAUAUGGAACUACCCCAUGGAUAGUAACAUGUCUACUGCCGCCUUCAUGCACCGGCUUUUCUCGCUUCGCGAGUUCUACCUCGUUCAAUUCUAUUCGAGACCGGUCCCCGGCCUCCUCGUGCAUGCCGUGAAAUUAUCAUAGACCGUGGACGGAAUUGAAACCUCCCCCCUUACCCCCCCAUUAGUUCCCCCCUUUCUCCCACUCCCCUCUAUUUUCUAUACUAGUCAGGCCCCCUGUUAUUAUUACACUUACACGCGUAAGCGAUGCAUACGCGAAUGGAAUGCAAAUAAGAAGAGGAACGAGCUACGAUGCAUUCUAAUAAUGGAUCCGGUGGCUCAUCCAGCGCGUCUAGUGCUGGAACGGGAUCAUCGAACGGUGCAGGUCCUGGAAAUCCGGUGGGAGGCGGCAGAAUGGCCGUCAUCGGUGUUACCAGGAACGUUAGAUUGAGACGUCGAGGUGCAUCCGGUUUCGGCUUUUCAUUGAGAGGUGGUAGAGAAUACGCGGCUGGAUUUUACAUCAGUAAUGUUCAACCUGGUGGCGAAGCUCAUAGAAAUGGAUUAAGGGUAGGAGAUCAAAUCCUCAGGGUAAAUGGAUAUCCGGUUGAAGAUGCCGUGCAUCAGGAAGUAGCACUUUUGGUGAAAAAUCAGCAGGUCCUUGUGCUGAAAAUUCGAAGCGUAGGGAUGAUACCGGUGAAAGACAAUCCAAACGAUCCGGUUACCUGGCACAUGGUGCAACAGCAGCAACAACAGCUGCAGUACAACGAGACUGGUGUGGGAGCCGUUCCAAACAGUGAAGUUAGAAUCCGAAUACUCGUCGGUGAGAAAGGUCGCCUUGGCUGUGGUGUUUGCCGAGGCAUCGUACCUGGCCUCACCGUUCAGGGUACAAGGGAAGGUGGACCUGCUCGAGCGGCUGGCUUGAAAGCUGGUGAUGUGAUCGUUUGGUGCAAUGGACAACGAUUGACGGAUCUUCCCUUCGAAAGAGCCAUAGAGGUAAUGAGAGGAUCGGCUGUCCUUGAUCUGAUCGUUCAACGACCACCACCCAAUCAUCUCUACGAUUGCCCGGAACCACUCUGGACUCGAGGUUCGAGCGGUUACGAUUCCGAAACUUCAAGCAUCGUUGCGACCAGUCCGUCGCCUUUACAAAAUCCUUCCUCGUCUCCUCAACAUCAUCGAGAUCCUAGAAUGCAAACACGAUAUCCGCGAGAAGAUAACUGCAAUCGAAACGGCAGGAUCUGCUGCCCCCUCGCACUGUCCACCAGCAGCUGCACCUCUUCCGAAUGGUCUCACGUGGAUCAGGCACAAGAAUGGAUACGAAAAGCGAAUAACACGACUGUCAUUCGUGUGAACCAGAAUCAGGGGCUAGUGCAGAAUCAAAAUCACAGACAAGUACCACCGGGUCAUCGUCGUUUGAAUUCCCGUGGGAAUUAUGAAGAUGAGAUCGACAAUGAGCCACUCUACGAUCCUGUAGCGCCAAGGAUCGAUUACGAGGUACACGAUUUCGAUGCAAAUCCAAGGGACGAAGCCAAUCGUCGUUUAGCCUAUCGACGCGACAAUAUCAGACAACAGGAUGUCAUUUACGAUGGCCCUACGGACGAAUUGCCCCUUUAUCAUGCUUCCAAGGAAAACGAGCAGCACGAUGUUAAUCGAUUGGCAGAACUGCAAUUGGUACAGAGACAGACCGAAACGGAGAGGAAGACGAUAACGACUGUGGAGGUUCAUCAAUCCAUUUGUCCUCCGGCUCCUCCACCACCUCUUCCAUAUAAAUGGCCAGCAGACGCUAAGCCUAUGAACGCGAUGGGAAUGCAAAUGGGUAGCACAAUGUCGAUGGGUAGCACAGGAUCAACGGAAACCGAAUCCAGUCUUGAGUCUUCCUGCAGCAAGGAUUCAGCAUCAACUUCCUCGUCUUUGUCCACGUCGUCCUGCGAGCCACCUUCUUCUACUAUUUCCUUUGGUUCAACCACUGCCGCAUCCACUGGAUCAAACAAGACCAAUGAAAGCCCGUCAAUUACUACGCGUGGAUCGAAUUUACGAACAUCGCCUAUAGCCAGCACAGAUCUAAGCACUGCCAUAACUCAAGAAUUACAAAGGCGAGCUCAACAGAGAAGUAUGAACGCAGCUAAGGCGGAAGCUUCGAAGGACAAAACAUCUGAACCUCGGAAAGUACCAAAUCCAGAAGCACUUAGGGCGCAAGAACAAAAAGUGACCCACGACAAGUUAAUGGAAGAGUUUAAGCGAGCGCAUCGAAAGAUGUUCAAUGCCGCACAGCAGAGGGUCCAAUUUUCAGAUCAAGUUACCGAGCCGAUGAAUAACUCAAGGAGGACAUCGACAAAAAAGAGUGUGUUGGUCACUAUCACACCUUACACCGAACAGGAGAAGAGGGUGCUCGCAAAUGGCUCCAACACUACGAAUUCUACUAAUGUAAGCAACACGACAAACGCAACGAAUACAACGAAUAAUACGAAUACAACGAGCAAUACGAAUACAACGAGCAAUACGAAUAACAACACAACGUCGGCUCCACCACCAGCUCCUCCGCUUCCUCUUCCAAUAAAAACUACAACGAGCGAGGACUCCGUGGAGAUGCAAAGUAUCGAAUCGUUUAAAUUGAAAGACACACCAAAUCCAGUGAUACCUAAACCACCACCAACUUACUUCCCCCUUUCGAAUUCUUCCUCACCUGGAUCUAAUGGGAGUCCACGUCACGCUGCUGCCGGAAACAAGACGCAGGUAAUAAAAGAAAAGGAUCAGUCGACGAGUCCUGCUAAUGAGACGAAUAAAAAUUCCACUACAAACAACAAUGCUGUCUCGCCAAAUGGUACUGCCGGUCCACCUAAGCCAACCGUUGGAAAGGUCGCCAUUAGGAUAGGUGCUUACGAAGGUGAAGCUAAACAACCUGCCAAGCUUGAUUUCUUAGCGCAGCAACCUCGAACAGAGAAGAAUGGAACCGAGGAAGCUAACGGACCGGUUGUAUCCAGACUCCAAAACGAACUGGCUGCUACCUUGCAGAGAUCUAACCUACGAAGGAAGACGGAAGGAGAGAAUCAAACGACUGCCAAGUCAAUACCAGAGAAUACGGUGAUGUCCGAGAAGGAAACAACGAAUCUAGAACCCAACAAGCUUCCCCAGAGCACCGUAGAAAAAUUAGCCUCGGCACUAGGCAACAAAGUAACGAUCAGAAUAAAUCCUGAGGAUGGUAGCCGAUAAAAGAAUAUAUUAACGUAUAUAAAUAUACAUGCAUAUCGCGGAGCUCUUGAGACUUUGUACAUUUUUUUCCACCUCGUUUCAGUAUACCUGAUUCGACUUUAUUAUAUAGAUAUAUGGAGAAGAAACGAAAGAAAAAAAAAAAGGCGCUCCACCGAAUCGGUGAACAUCUUUUUUACACAUAUGUCUUUUUUAUAUGUUAUUUAUUACCAAUAUCGUAAUAACGAAUAAGGAAUGAAAUAUUAAUCCUUAUUAAUCGAGGCUCGAUACCGCGUGGAACACCAUUUACCGCACACGCUAGGUUCAUGCCUUUAAAUAUAGUCUUCUUCGACUGCGGCUAUGUACGAAACUUAGACUAAAUAUCAAACUAAAUAAAGGCGUUUUAACGUA